CUGUGGCAUCUGGAGGGAUGCCAUCCUCGACAACUAUGACACAUCAGCACUUUGUGUCAGAGCCAAUGGGAUAUAAGCUUGUGACUGAACUACCAGGGAUAGGACCAGCUCUUGGACACAGACUCAGCGAGGCGGGGUUUCCAAGGGCGUACGUUGUUCUUGGCCAGUUUCUGGUGUUGAAGAAAGAUGAGGAGCAUUUCGUAGACUGGCUGAAGGAGACAUGUAAAGCUAAUUCCAAGUAAGCUGGGGACUGCUAUACAUGUCUGAAGACCUGGUGUGAUUCUUUCUUGUGAGGUGCCUGCCCUGUCACAUCAUGCUUCUGUCCACAUGUACUCGUGCAUACUCUUACUUUGGGCUUCCUUGGUCCAAGCUGCACAACUCAAUCCUCUUUGUUAGAAUGUUUUUUGCGUGGUGACAUGGGCUACAGCUGACAUCCUAUACCGGCAACCUGACACAGUUAAACAGUUUUACAAAGCAAUAAACUCUAUGGACCUUAGAGCUCAA